AUGAUCACUCGUGGAAAAUCGUCUGGGAAAACGGUUGUCGAUGAGCAAAAGAAGGGAAAGAGCAAUGCUUCCGUUAUUGGUUCUAAAGCAAAGUUGAUCAAGAAGAAAUAUGAAGAUGAAUUCGUGGAUAUCGAAAAUAGAACCUCAGGUUCCGAAUAUUCCCCUCCACGAAAGCUUCACCGCCCAUCACAAGAAACUGAUAGCUUAUCUCAAUUCCAAACAACAUGUUCAACUCGUCACAUCUACCGUCACUCCAACACAUUGAAAGAAGAAAAGACAUUCACUUCGCUGACUAAGAUGAAUUUCGACGGUUCGUCGCACUGGCAUAAAAGACACUUUUCCGAAGAAACACUGCCAAAAAGUUCAUCUCGUCCUAGAACAUUGAAUGUUUCUCGUGAUCAUAACUUCAGUCUCACGUCACAUUUGGAUGACGACGAAAUUGAAGAAAUGACAUGUUCAGAAAGACUUCUGAAUGCUUUGAAAGAUGGCAAUCUCCUUACAAUCGGUAGGAUCAUUCGAAACAGAAUAUCAUCUGGAACACUUUCUGAAGUCUGUUUGAUGGAAAUUUCAAAACAAACGGAACCACCCAAAGUUCCAUUAAUGAUGAACUUGCUCGCGAAUGAGAAUGCUGACCUUGAAGAUAUGAAAUCUUAUAAUGCGGUGUCCAUCUUUUUGCAAAAUUUUCCAUCUUGUCAUGAAAAACCAUUGAAGCGUCUUCAAAAUCUGUCAACUCAUUGA